AUGACUGAAGUGGUGAUUAGCGCUGUCUUAGGCGAUGCUCAGUCAUCGAUCAUCUUUGUGGCCUAUGAUGAUGACAACAGCGCAGGGUUGACGGGACCACCACCUUACAAGUGGGUGUUCGCUGAUUCCCAGAAAGCAGACCAGGCCUGCUCGUUCCUUAACCCGCCCCGGGAGAAGGUGGCUGUGCACCGUGGCCUGGAAGCCACCGAGCCAAACCGGUUCUGCCGCUCCUGUAUUGCCACCAGUCUGAAGAGCAGUAAGUGGACCUGCCCUUACUGCCGGGCGUACCUUCCUUCCGAAGGAGUCCCAGCCACGGAUGUGACCAGAAGGAUGAAAUCAGAGUUCCAGAACUGCGCGGAGUGCGGCACCCUGGUUUGCCUCAGCGAGAUGAGGGCACACAUAAGAACCUGUCAGAAGUACAUAGAUAAAUAUGGACCACUACAAGAACUCGGGGAGACAGCAGCAAGGUGUGUGUGUCCAUUUUGUCAGAAGGAACUGGAUGAAGACAGCUUGCUGGAUCAUUGUAUUAAUCACCACAGAUCAGAAAGGAGAGCGGUGUUCUGCCCACUCUGCCGUUUAAUACCCACUGAGAACCCAAGCAGCUUCAGUGGCAGUUUAAUAAGACAUUUGCAAGUCAGUCACACUCAGCUCUAUGAGGAUUUCUUAGAUUUUAAUAUAAUUGAGGAAGCUCUUAUCCGAAGGGUAUUAGACCGGUCACUUCUGGAAUAUGUGAGUCACUCAAACACCACAUAAUGUCGUGAAAAGGAGAAGGAAGGAGACCAUACAGUUGCACCAUUUGUUAAGAUGCUGCUUGAACAGUUGGAGGGGAAUUGUCGAUGUCUGACGGGCAGAAAUGUACAACACAGUUCUCUCGCAUUUUAAAACUGCUUUUAUCUUGAUGGUUUAAAUCUGUUUUACAUCCGUGAGCCUUUUAGACGCUCAACAAACAAAAAGAGUCUCCAUUAGCCAUUAAUAUACUAUGAAAGAGAACCUAAGGCUGGGAUUGGUGGGCGAAGGAUCUUUAUUUGCAAACUGGAUGACAGUAUGUGUCACGCUACUUAUUAAUAAACAGCAUCAUGGUAGGGCAAGAUAA